AUGAUUGUCAUACUCUGUCUGUGUCUGCAGGGCGGCGCUCUCUCACUGGAGGUGGAUGAAGACUGCUGGCUGAAAAAUGUGACUCUCGUCCCCUGUGAGUUUGAAGCCAAUUCCGUCCUGUACCGGAAAGGGGACCAGAUCUGGUGUAAGACAUCUCAGGUCAUAGAACAAGGUGAAGUCAUCCGGGCCUUCCUCAUGGCUGAACCCCAAGCCAUCCCCAACUUCAGCAUAAAGGAGGAACCCGGAGAGACCUCGCAGGAGAUCACCAGCCAGCCCGAGUUCCAGCUUCUCCCACAACAAGCUGGUAUGGCCGCCAUCCUGGCCACUGCGGUGGUUAACAAGGACAUUUUUCCAUGCAAGGAUUGCGGCAUCUGGUAUCGCAGCGAGCGCAAUCUGCAGGCCCAUCUCAUGUACUACUGCGCCAGCCGCCAGAGCUCCACCUCCCCCACCGUGGAAGAGAAGCCGAAAGAUUCCUACCCCAACGAGCGGGUCUGUCCCUUCCCGCAGUGCAAGAAGAGCUGCCCCAGUGCCAGCUCCCUGGAGAUUCACAUGAGAAGCCAUAGUGGAGAACGACCGUUUGUGUGCUUGAUCUGCCUGUCCGCCUUCACCACCAAGGCCAACUGUGAGCGCCACCUGAAGGUCCACACCGACACCUUGAAUGGUGUGUGCCAUGGCUGUGGCUUUGUCUCCACCACCCGAGACAUUCUGUACAGCCACCUUGUAACCAAUCACAUGAUCUGCCAGCCUGGGUCAAAGGUCGACGUGUACCCGGUCGUGAAAACACUGCCCGCAGUCAAGCCAUCCAACUCCGACAGCCUUGUCAGUCUCCAACAGCAUGCGAUCAUGCAUGCUACUGCCACCCUCCCAGGCGUCUCUCGGUCCCCCAAGUACCCAUCUGAUGCAGAGAAGGAGUUGCCUCCCGAUAGCUUGAAAAAUGGAGAUGCUAGAUCGCCGGUCUCCUCCUCUUCCUCAGGUAUGGAGGAUCCUCCUCUGAAAGUCCACAUCAAAGAGGAACCAGAUGCACCGAGACCAGUCAGUGAAGUGGUUUCUACCAGCCCUGAGGCUAGAGAUGAAUCUGCUUUGGUUCCCUCUCCAGCUAUUAAAAUUAAGACUGAGAUCUCCAGUCCUACCCCGGGAUCGAGCCCGGUCCCCAAUGAGUUGGGAGCAGCCGCUGGAGGGGGGACAAUCAUAGUGCCUCAGUAUGUGUUUGGACAUGAGGCAGCUCCCGCUAUCGUCCCGCAAGCCUCGGAGAUCCUGGCCAAGAUGUCAGAGUUGGUACACAGCCGCCUGAAACAAGGACAAGCCAUUACUUCUGUUGGCUUUACAGGAACUCCAGCACCCAAAGGUGCUACUUGUUACGAGUGCGAGAUUACAUUUAACAACAUCAACAAUUAUUAUGUGCACAAAAGACUUUACUGCUCUGGGCGGCAUAUGACAGAUGAAAAUCCAGGCAGUGGGCGCAAGUUGAAGGUGCAUCCUGUGCGAGCCGCCAUAGCUCCCGCAGUGUCAGCGGUUGAUGAGCAGAGAGUGAGUCCACAACAAGAAGACACUGCAGCGGAAAGCAGCACCUCAACUGAAAAUGAAGUGUCUGGCAGUGGCCACGCAAGUGAGGGGAGCCAGAGCCCUGGUCUGCUGGAAGACGCAGAAGUAGAUCUAACGCGUACUGUUUGUGAAGCUUGCAACAUCCAUUUCAGCAAACAUGAGACUUAUGUAGUGCACAAGCGCUUCUACUGCGCAUCACGUCAUGAUCCUCCUCUGCGGCGCAGCGGAGUGAUCAAUAAGCCCGGGCCACCGUACACACCUCAGCCUGCUCCACGAACGCGGAAACGCAGAAAGCUGUAUGAAAUCCAUGGCGUGUCCCCUGCAGACCUAACUCCUCCAGCGUUACUCCCACUGACCCGGGUGGAGGCCCUUCCACUCAUGCCAGGGCUGAUAGCAGCACCAACUGUACCUUCGCCCAGCUCCAGCCCAGAUGCGGCAGAGGGGCCUAUCGAUCUAAGUAAGAAGCCACGUCUUUCUGUGGAGUCUCCGCUGCCACCACCAGCUGCCGCAGCGGUUGUCCCUCUGACGGAUUACCAUGAGUGCACAGCUUGUCAGAUAAGCUUCAACAGCCUGGAAAGCUAUCUGACUCACAAGAAGUUCUCCUGCCCGGCAGCCCCUUUACAGCAUACCACCACCUGCCCCUAUUGCCCUCCUAAUGUGGUUAUCAGAGGAGACCUUCUCGAACAUUUCCGAAGUGUCCAUGGUCUGCUGUUGGCCAAACCCACCCCGGGUCACCGUUUACAAACAGCAUUCAUGGAGGUGCUACUGCCCACUCGGGUUCAGCAAAACAGCUCCUCUGAGAAUAGCUUGCCCAGCCCACCCACUUCGUCCACUUCUCCGCUGCAAGGCCAAGGGGAUAAACCCAUGCAGCCUCCUAAAGCCAGUCUGUCUUCUGCUCUGCCCAAUGGAAAUCACAGGUACUGUCGACUUUGCAACAUCAAGUUCAGCAGCCUUUCCACGUUUAUAGCCCAUAAAAAGUACUACUGUUCUUCCCAUGCAGCUGAACACGUCAAAUAG